AUGGCCGACUACGAGGAUGACUACGACUACGAAAACUACGGCGAGGAAGAGGAGGGCAUCACGCCCGAGGACUGUUGGACCGUCAUCUCGUCAUUCUUCGAGACAAAGGGCCUCGUCUCCCAGCAGACUGACUCAUUCGACGAGUUUACGCAGACGACGAUUCAGGAUCUCGUGAAUGAGUACUCGACCAUCACCCUCGAUCAGCCCAACCCGCCCUCGGAGCCAGGCCGCAAGAUUGCUCUUCGUCGCUAUGAAAUCAAGUUCGGCACUGUCAUGGUUUCUCGCCCUACAAUCUCCGAGACUGACGGCACUGUCACGUCGCUCCUGCCGUACGAAUGCCGAGACCGCAACUUGACGUACGCGAGCCCUCUCUAUAUUAACAUCACCAAAAAGGUCUCGGCCGCCAUUGAGAAGGAGGUGGCCCUACGCGACAUGGACGAUGCCCAACAGGAUGAAUACAAACGCACCGGCGAGAACCCCACCAAGCUGGUUUGGGAGGAAGAAGAUAGCGGCGAAGACCAGGAUACGAACAAGCCCGCAGACUGGAAAAACAUGAUCUUCGUUGGCAAGCUUCCCAUCAUGGUCAAGUCCAAGAUUUGCCAUCUCAGCCAAGAGUCGGACGAGAACCUCUUCCUGGUCAACGAGUGCCCCUACGACCAAGGCGGCUACUUUGUCAUCAACGGCAGCGAAAAGGUCCUCAUCGCCCAGGAGCGGUCGGCCGCCAACAUUGUCCAGGUCUUCAAGAAGGCCCAGCCCAGCCCCUUCAAUUACACGGCCGAGAUUCGAAGUGCGCUCGAGAAGGGAUCGCGGCUCAUCUCCAGCCUCAUGCUGAAGCUGUACGGCAAGGGCGAUUCUGCUCGCGGUGGCUUUGGCCAGACUAUCCACACGACGCUUCCCUUUGUCAAGUCGGAUCUGCCCGUCGCCAUCGUCUUUCGGGCUCUGGGCGUUGUCUCCGACGAGGACAUUUUGAACCACAUCUGCUACGACCGCAAGGAUAGUCAGAUGCUUGAAAUGCUUCGUCCUUGUAUUGAGGAGGCCUUCUGUGUCCAGGAUCGAGAGGUGGCCCUUGACUUCAUCGGUAAGCGAGGCAAUCGAGACCAGGCUGGCCUGGGACGUGAGAAGCGAGUGCGCGUCGCCAAGGACAUCUUGCAAAAGGAGACGCUUCCCCACAUCUCCCAGUCCGAGGGCAGCGAGACGCGGAAGGCCUUUUUCCUUGGUUACAUGGUUCACAAGCUCCUACAGUGCGCGCUGGGACGGCGAGAGCCAGACGACCGUGAUCAUUUCGGCAAGAAGCGUCUGGACCUGGCGGGCCCCCUCCUGGCCAAGCUGUUCCGUGGCAUCGUUCGGCGGAUGAACACGGAGCUCUCCAAUUACCUCAGACGCUGUGUGGAGAGCAAUAGGCACUUCAAUUUGGCAGUGGGCAUCAAGCCAGGCACCCUGUCUAAUGGGCUGAAGUACUCGCUUGCAACGGGCAACUGGGGCGACCAGAAAAAGGCCAUGAGCUCGACGGCCGGUGUCUCCCAGGUGCUCAACCGCUACACUUUUGCCUCGACCUUGUCGCAUCUGCGGCGCACCAACACCCCCAUCGGCCGAGACGGGAAAAUCGCCAAGCCGCGCCAGCUGCACAACACGCAUUGGGGCCUCGUCUGCCCGGCCGAAACCCCCGAGGGGCAGGCCUGCGGCCUGGUCAAGAACUUGUCGUUGAUGUGCUAUGUCAGUGUCGGCUCUCCCUCGGAGCCUCUGAUCGAGUUCAUGAUCAACCGGGGCAUGGAGGUGGUGGAAGAAUACGAGCCCCUGCGAUACCCGCAUGCCACAAAGAUUUUCGUCAAUGGAACCUGGGUGGGCGUGCACCAGGACCCUAAGCACCUGGUCAGCCAAGUGCUCGACACGCGGCGCAAGUCGUAUCUGCAGUUCGAGGUGUCCCUCAUCAGAGAAAUCAGGGAUCAAGAGUUUAAGAUCUUCUCUGAUGCCGGACGAGUCAUGCGACCGGCCUUUACCGUGCAGCAGGAAGACGAUCCCGACAACGGGAUCGAGAAGGGCCAUCUGGUUCUGACCAAAGACCUGAUUGGCUGGGAGGGUCUCAUCCGCGUCGGAGCGGUAGAGUAUCUGGAUGCCGAGGAGGAGGAGACGUCCAUGAUCUGCAUGACUCCCGAGGACCUGGAGCUGUACCGCCUUCAAAAGGCCGGCGUCGCGCUGGACGAGGAUCCCGGCGACGAUUUGAACAAGCGACUCAAGACGAGGACCAACCCGACAACUCACAUGUACACCCACUGCGAGAUUCAUCCCAGCAUGAUCCUGGGCAUUUGCGCCAGCAUCAUUCCAUUCCCGGAUCAUAAUCAGUCACCUCGUAAUACCUAUCAGUCCGCCAUGGGUAAACAGGCCAUGGGCUUCUUCCUGACCAACUACUCCCGCCGCAUGGACACCAUGUCCAACAUCCUCUACUACCCCCAGAAGCCGCUCGCCACGACCAGGUCCAUGGAGUUCCUCAAGUUCCGGGAGCUGCCCGCUGGCCAGAAUGCGAUUGUGGCCAUUGCUUGCUACUCUGGAUACAACCAAGAAGACUCCGUCAUCAUGAACCAAAGCAGCAUUGACCGAGGUCUUUUCCGAAGCCUCUUCUUCCGGUCGUACUCGGACCAGGAGAAGAAGGUUGGCCUCAACUAUACCGAGGUGUUUGAGAAGCCCUUCCACCAGAGCACGCUCCGCAUGAAGCACGGCACAUACGACAAGCUUGACGAGGACGGCAUUGUCGCGCCUGGCGUCCGCGUCUCCGGAGAGGACAUCAUCAUUGGCAAGACGGCGCCGAUCGACCAAGAGAGCCAAGACUUGGGGACGAGGACGAGCGUGCACCAGAGGCGCGACAUCUCAACCCCGCUGCGCAGCACCGAAAACGGCAUCAUCGACUCGGUCGUGGUCACGGUCAACGCGGACAAUGUCAAGUACGUCAAGGUGCGGGUGCGGACGACCAAGAUCCCCCAGAUUGGCGACAAGUUUGCGUCUCGCCACGGACAAAAGGGCACCAUUGGCGUCACGUACCGACAAGAGGACAUGCCGUUUACGAGAGAGGGUCUCACGCCCGACAUCAUCAUCAACCCUCACGCCAUUCCGUCGCGAAUGACGAUUGCUCACUUGAUCGAGUGUCUCCUUAGUAAAGUUUCCACAUUGGAGGGCAUGGAGGGUGAUGCGACGCCGUUUACCGACGUGACGGUCGAUUCGGUGUCGGAGCUGCUGCGGAAGCACGGGUACCAGUCACGUGGCUUCGAGAUCAUGUACAACGGACACACGGGGCGCAAGCUGAGGGCGCAGGUCUUUUUUGGGCCUACAUACUACCAGCGGCUUCGUCACAUGGUGGACGACAAGAUCCACGCCCGCGCCCGCGGCCCGGUCCAGAUCAUGACGAGACAGCCCGUCGAGGGUCGUGCGCGUGACGGCGGUCUCCGGUUCGGAGAAAUGGAGAGAGACUGCAUGAUUGCCCACGGCGCAGCGGCCUUUUUGAAGGAGCGGUUGUUUGAGGUGUCGGAUGCGUUCCGAGUCCACGUCUGCGAAAUCUGCGGACUCAUGACCCCGAUAGCGAACCUCUCCAAGCAAUCGUUUGAAUGCCGGCCUUGCAAGAACAAGACCAAGAUUGCCCAGAUCCACAUCCCGUAUGCCGCUAAACUCUUGUUCCAGGAGCUGCAGUCCAUGAACAUUGCGGCGAGGCUGUUCACGAACCGUUCUGGCGCGUCCAUCAGAUAA